UGGAUGGCUGGACGUGCUGCCCAAAGGGCUGGAGAAGGUUUCAAAGAAGAUGCUAUUUCCUGUCCUCUGACACAAUGAACUGGGCUGAGAGUGAGCAGAACUGCACUGGGAUGGGCUCCCAGCUGGUGGUGAUCAACAGCAAGGAAGAACAGGAGUUCCUCUUCAACUUGGCAAAAGAAAAAGUUACUAGCAUCUAUGAAACAAAGUACUACAUAGGCUUAUCUGCUUACAAAAAUGGGCAGUGGCAGUGGGUGGAUCAGACUCCAUAUGAAAAUACAGCCACGUGA